AAGUGAUUACAAAUCGCUAUUUUCCACCCAAUAUUUUUCCCUUGAUGAGAGUGGUCCGCAGCAGUGCGAUUUCUGGGCCGAUGAUAAGGUGGCGAAAUUAUUUCCUUGAGAGCAAUGGCGUGCGUGAUACGCAGGCUCUCCAAUCGGGUCCGGUCAUCGGGUGAAACGGUCCGUCCGAUUCGGGCCCAAAGACGCAUUUAGUCGCCGGCCGGCCCAUACCGGGUCCAAGCUUCGAUUGAAGGCGAGCGACGAUGGUGGGGACGGCAGAGGCGGCGGCUCCGCCGGCGAUCGUGCGGAACGAGAAGGACGGGAGGUUCGAGACGGAGGACAAGCAGGCCUUCCUCCAGUACCACCUCCGAGACGUCACGGUCCUCGCCGUUGAAGGAGGCCAAGCCAAGGAGAAGAAGAAGACGGCGAUGGACAUGGUCCACACCUACGUGCCCAGGAGGAAGCGGGGGUUGGGCCUGGCCGGCCACCUCUGCGUCGCCGCCUUCACCCACGCCCAGCGCAAUUCCAUGAUCGUCAUCCCCACCUGCUCCUAUGUCUCCGACACGUUUCUUCCUCGAAACCCUUUGUGGAACUCACUUGUAUACAAGGAGGAGAGAAAGUCAUCAGGAACUUUGUGAUAACAAGGCUGAAGGUUGAAACAAGUAGCAAACCAUGCAAAUUCUCUGCUCCUGCCUCCAAUACUCCUGAAGUGACUCCCACCAACAUCCAAACCUCAGAAACCAAUCAACAAGUUGCAUGACCUCCUGCUGUUGCAGGCUCAGUGCAAGUCUAACCACCCUUCACAUUGCAAAACUUGGAAGAGAAUUUAUAUCAUAACUCAUGAGCAAAUAUGACCUGUUCCAGCUUGAACGGUCAUUACUGGAUAAUGUAGUGGACAACAAAUUGAAAAAGGAUGAUCAGGACUCAGGAAGAUUCCAUUACUCUGGAUCUCCUCCUUCAGUGCCUGAGGUGACCAAUGCUUUGGAUUGGACUAACUUUGGUCAUCUGAAUCUCAUAUUCAGUGCAUCGGAUGCCUUAUGAUAUAUCCAUUGAUGUAAUUGCUCCUCCGUUCUUUAGGUCUGCAUAUGUCCCAGUUCUCCUGCUGAUCUCUGUUGUGCUUUCUCCAUGAAGAUGAGAAGAUCCCAUCCUUGCAUUCAUCCAUCACCAUUUUGCCUCUCAUGUCAAGUGUUGAAAAAAGGAGGAUGAGAAGAAAGUGAGGGAUGAAUGUCAGGAUGGAUGUUCCAUGAACUGAAUUGAGUGCCCCACAUAGAGCACCAUCGCAGCUUCGUAGACCCUCCAUGGUGAAUGUUAGCACCUUUAAGGGAUGCUAUCAGUCUUUCAUAUUUGAUCCCAACUCACCCAUCAAAUAAGGAACGGAAGAAAAAGGAAAUCUCUUAGCAAAUGAACCCAGAGGGAAAGGAAGAGGAGCAAAGUGUGAAGAUAGAGAAGCUACAUGAUGGUGUUCAAUUAAUUGG